AUGCCAGCACCUGAAGAUAGAGGGGUGGUGGGGCAAGCAUGGCAGCACCUGAAGAUAGAGGGUGGUGGGGCAAGCAUGACCCAAGGAUGGUUGGGGGUGGUGGGGCUUGCAUGGCCUCAACUGGUGAUGCGUGGGAGGCGUGGGGCUUGCAUGGCAGUGCCUGCUGGUUUGUGUCCGGAAGUCUUGGAGCGGGACAUGGAAAUCCAGUCCCCAUGCAUGGAGACUACUGUUGCAUGCGGAGGUGACGUGGAGGGCGAUGGGGAGGAGGCGGCUGGAGACGCCCCCGUUGACUCUCUUGGACAGGACCCCUCCCGGCUGUCAGCUGGAGGCCUGUGCGUGGACGAUGCCCCUCCUGGCCAGGUGGCGGGGGGGCCCGUAGCCACGCCCGCAGUCACAAAUGCGGUUGCUCAAACCCCAACAAAUACAAGGUGA